AUGGCCGCAGGCGGAGCGGGUCUGGUCACUUACAAACUUCUUGAAGGAGGAAAGAAUCACAAACACUGGAGUUCCAGCGGAGCUGAAGGUGCAGAAGCCACAUCCCCUCCACCUAAUAAAACCGACGUAGAACGGAAGGCAGCUGGCGCUGAAGGCUCAGAGACAGGGAAUACAGGCCAGACAGGAACCGGCACGUCGGAGGGCACUGGCGGUGAAGACGGCGAGAAGAAAACCGACGGUGCUAAAGCCAGCACGACCCCGAAAGCCGAGGGCACUGGAAAGGACGCGACCGGCACUACUGGCACCGAUGAGGCACAAAACAGUGAUAGUAGUAAAAGCGACGCAAGCGAGGGCCCUGGAACUGACAAGAUCAAGAACACCGACAGUACUGGAAACGACGCGACCGAUGUCACAAAGAGUACAGGAACCGGCGUUGGCGUCAGUAGCCAGGUGACUGGAACGAGCGCGACCGUGAACACCGACACUACAGCAACAGAACCAGCCGGAGGUAUUGGAACUGGCGCCACUAAAAAAAAGACCGACAACGGGGACAGUUCUCCUUCUGCACUCCCGACCGCACCGGUGUACAAUGCAGCACAGGGAGGGUCAAGAGUAUCAGUGAAAAUUGACGCAAGGGGCAUUCACAUCAACGUUGGCAAAGGCCAUGAAAGAAGGAGAACUUGA